GCAAUGUCCACAGCUAAGUUUGGGGGCGGUUCACACCAACCAGCCAAUGUGAUGUUUCAGCUGAAGGGUGAGCAGGCGUAGCAGGCCAGCCACUGCAGACCAAUUUAUCGAGACCGGGCGCAGCUGAGAUUUGUACCUGAUGAUCUCCCCUUUUCUGCUCCUUCGACACGGGAAAAUUCGUAAGUGCUAGCAAGAACAGGUCUUAUGAGCAUGCCAAAUGUCGUCAAUGCUAGAAGUUCGCGACCAGCGUCGAUCCAGAUCAAAAUCCCCGGGUGGGAGAGACAGGGAUAGGUCGAGAUCGCACUCACGCGACAACCGCGGGUCGGAUGACAGAAGCGAAUACAGCAAAAGGUCGAGCAAGAAAUAUGUAGAACCGGAGGAGGACGAGGAGGACCGCAGGUACAAAGAGAAGAGAUCGGGCAAGAAGUACUACGAAUCAGAGGAGGAAGACGACCGGCGCAGGCGUACAAGCUCCCAGAGAUACGUCGAUGACAGGGAAGAGGAGGGCAGAUACCGAUCGUCCAGGUCUACACAAGAAUACCGCAACCGGGACAUCUCAGUCUCGGACGACGACAGAGGAUACUCGCGAUCCAAGAAGAAAUCAGACAGCGACUCUGACAGGCGCAGAGAGCGGGACAGACCAAGCAAGAAGAAAUACGAUGAUUCUGACGAGAGCGAGAGCGAUGAUUACCGGCGACGUUCCAGCAAGCGAGAACCACAUGCCGACUAUGCUGAGGCACGACCUCGGGAAGUCCGUCAUUCGAGUUACAACAGCACAGAUUCGCGCUAUGCAGCUGCUGGACGUGCUCCUUCUCCUCCUAACCAGCGAACUGCCUCGAAUGGCCAGCGAUAUGCAGAAGUUGAACAAUACAAAUAUGCACAGCCAAGCCAGUUUACAGAGAGAAAGCCGGAGUAUGAGCGGUCUCGACCGUCAGACAGCAAGCGAAGAGACGAUGACUACAGAAGCGAUAAAUACGAGAAAAAGUAUCGGGACGAUGGGUAUGAGGCACGCGAGCUCAAAGAGAAGAAAUACUACCAGGACAGAUACGAGACCCGCGAGCCCAGCGACAAAAGAUACCACGACGAUAAGUACGGUCCUUCACGGGACAAUGUGACCAAAAGGAUGUCUGCUUUGGCCGUCGGGGGCGCCGCUACAUUAGGAGUUGCAGGACUGGCCGCGCAUGGUGCUGGCGGUAAGCCACCAGCAUCACCAUUGCUAGAGGCGUAUAAGGGCACAUACCAAUCGAUUUCGCCUAUGCCUUCAGCAUUGGUCCUUGCAAACCACAAAGACGACUCGGACCUUUCAGAUCUAGACUUGGACACGGAUGGGGAUUCCGACGAUCCAAAUGCCGAUCUCAAACGUAAGAUCCGCAAGCUCGAGAUGGAAAAACAGAAAUAUACCAAAGACCAAAGAAAGAGUGUCAACCUUGGCACAACAGAAGUUCGCUCACGACGACUGUCCAGCCUCGAAUCACCUAGCGAGCACACCAUGAUCGAAAUCACGCCCGGUGGUGGCAGACGGGAACGCGCCAGCUCCAAUGUGAGCAUCUUAUCUACAGGUGGCACUGGCAAGAAAAAGUCGGUAUCUUUCUAUGAUCCUACAGACGAUGCCGAACGGAUCGCCGCGGCACUUGCCGGCACACGAAGCGCCCCUGAUCCGAGGCCACUCGUUCAGAUCCUUCCUUUUCUGUCAACAGAUGACCUCCUGGCGCUGCGCGGCGAGUAUAAGAAACAUGCCAAAGUCAAUGGCCAGGGGAUCAAUAUCGCCAAACACAUCAAGAUGCGCAUCCCGGGUAAUCUGGGUAAAGCAUGCUACGCGACCGCUCUGGGCCGGUGGGAAAGCGAAGCAUACUGGGCGAACUCAUGGUACCAAGGAGGCGCGUCACGGCGCGAAUUGCUGAUUGAGAGUCUCAUGGGCCGUUCGAACAGCGACAUCCGCGAGAUCAAGAAUUGUUUCAAGGACAAGAAAUACAAUGACGACCUGGACAAGUGUAUCCGCACCGAACUCAAGGCCGACAAAUUCCGCAUGGCCAUCCUCCUUGCGCUCGAGGAGCGUCGCAUGCCCGAGUCAUCGCCCCUCGAUAUCAAGCUCGUGCGUGACGAUGUGCAGAACCUGGCGCGAGCGCUGGACUCUCCAGGCGGCGAAUCCGACAUGAUCAAGAUCAUCGUCAUUCGCAGCGACGCGCACUUACGUGAGGUGCUCAGGCUAUUCGAGCGGACGUAUCGCGUUAGUUUCCCACGGCAGAUGAUCUCCAAGUCGCGCAACCUGGUGGGUGAGACGCUGGCGCACAUUCUCAACGGCGCGCUGAACAGACCUAUGCGUGAUGCGCUGUUGUUGCACCAGGCCAUCAGCGAGACUGCUCCUGGCAAGGAGAGGACGGAGUUGUUGAUUUCCAGGCUGGUCAGGAUGCAUUGGGAACCGAAGCACCUGCAGAAAGUCAAGGCCGUGUUUAAAGAGCGGUAUGGGCACACCGUCGAAGAUGCGAUCAAGCAUGAAGUCUGGGUGCACAUGAAGACGCCCGAGGGUCGGAUUUGUGCAGAGUUCUGUGCUGCUUUGACACAGAGCAGUUCGUAUGAUAGGAGGGGCGUCGCGAUGGAUACGCCUGUCGAGUUCAUCAGGUAAAGGAGUGGCAGAAAAAGAGAAAAGCAAAUGCUUCGACCCGGCCACGAAAUGUCUUGGGGUUGUAUUUUCGAAAGGUCGUGUCUAGUUAGUACUCAUCGAAGGUUGAUGAGGCUGGGUGGGCAUGGUAUAUACUACCGUCUCAUGGGAAAAUCGUGGAAUGAAACUCG